AUGCCACAAUCUGAGGGUGCAGUAGCAGGCCUCUCACCUGGUGACUUCCCCCCAGCCUCGCCGAACACGUCACUGCCAGCAACGAUAUGUGCUAAGAUAUUUCCUGGAAAGAAUGCAGAAACCGCAGAGGUCAUACUAAUAACAGAUGACGCUAUACUGGAAGAAGCAGCAACCACAGUUACUGAAACGCCGCUGAAAGUCCGCCCAAUGACCCCGACUAAGUCUACCGUUUCGGAUUCCAUGGUAGAGCUUCCAGAUACUGAAGAAACUAUUGUUCUGCAAAUAUGGAAGAAAGCACUAUCACUUGAUGAAGGAAGAUGCGGUGCUACUACGAAAUCUACGAACAAUAUUGAGCGCUGCAUGAUCAAGAUAGCUCCGUUGAGGACGACAGAAAUUGAGAACCUGAUAAAAAUGCUCAGGCGUCUGAACCACUCACCUCGGCAAGUUGAGAAACGCCUCGAUGAUCUCGCAAAGCUUGUACACUGUCACUGGCACGAUCACCCACCUAUUCGUGAUAUUCGAAUAGACGAGUGGUUAGCAGCGCUGCCUGAUUCACCACGCACUCCGACGCUGGAGAGACGGCUGCGCACUAUUCUCGGGCCAGCGCCAAGCAAAUGUGCGAGUCUGACAAGACUGGGCAAGCCCUGUAAGAAGUCGGUCAAACGCGAGGAUCAGUAUUUCUGUGGGAAGACUAUUAGUAAGAUGGUGCAGAUAGCGACUGCCGCUUCAGAUGACGACACUUUGGAUGACCUUGCGCUGGUUUUGCGGCAUCAUAUGCUGUGCCACUCUCACCAGAAGUACACUCCUACAUAUCAGGACGAGUGUGCAUCAGCCAUCGAUAAGUUCCAAGCAGCUUGUCAACAUGAGAGAAAAAGGCGGGAAACCGAAAAUGCAAUUGCAGAGGCAAACAACACCGGUGAGGGCAAUACAGCUGUCCUAGUGGACAGCGGCAGCCAUGCACUCAUAACGCCACCAUCUAGCCCGAAAACAUUCAAAAUGAGCCGGAAUCCUCGCAACUACUGGAAAGAGGGAUUCAACACGAGCCCGUUUAACGUGCUCGGGAAAAAUGACACCGCGGUAGAAUAUAAGACCCCAAACGAGAUGAUUCAGAGUGUUGCGGAGGAUUUACUUGACACAAACCCGAAACUGUCAGAGAAUGAGGUGACCAAUGGUUAUCUGUAUUCAUUCAGAGUACCUGGCAAUGGACGCUUUGUCAAAAUUGGAUUCACGACGCGAGAAGGUGAGAUUCGUAUUGGGGAGUGGAAAAAGAGUUGUAAUCGAGAUCCUGAAGUUCUCUACCUGGUAAUGAAAGUUGUGCCACAUGCGCACCGCGUCGAGAAGUUGGUACAUGCAGAGCUCACGGAGCAUAGAGUGCGGAUAUACUGUGGGCGAUGCGGGAAACAGCACAUUGAGUGGUUUGAGGCCCCGGAGGCUAUUGUAAUUACUUCUCUGAAGAAAUGGUUACUGUGGAUAGCGGGUAAGCUGUAUGAAGAGAAACAUUCGGAAUGGUAUUUGAAGGAAAAGUACAAGAAACGUCUGCACGACGUCGGGGAAUUCUUGAAGACUUGCAAGAAGAAGUAG